AUGGCAGCUCGCGGAUUGCCCUCAAUCUCAUCUAUCGCGAACGCUGUACUCCGCUCACGGGAUGGUGCUGAAGUUGUUGCAAGUACACUUUGGCAAUCACAGCCACUGGCUGUUCUAAUCUUAAGGCGCCCAGGAUGCGUCCUGUGUCGGGAUGAAGCUCAGCGGCUGUGGAAGCUGAAACCCGAGUUUGAACGAAUGGGAGUCGGACUUGUGUGCGUGGUUCACGAGUGGAUUCCACGGGAGGUAAACGCCUUCACGUCGGGCUUCUGGCCAGGCCCCUUGUAUCACGACCCAUCCAAGGCCUUUUACGCCGCACUGAACGGCGGCAACCCUCUGCGCGGCAGCAUCUGGGGAUUGCUCUUUCCCUGGAGUGCCGUCUGGCGGAGAAUCCGUACUGCCUCCCGCAACGUCCCUGAACACAACAUUGUGGGAGAUGGAUUCACGAUGGGCGGUGCCAUGGUCCUCCGCCGUGGCGGCGGCGGCGGCGGCGGAUGCGACAUCGGGAGUGUGGCGUGGAUGCACGUGGAACGUGAUAUUGGGUUAGUGGCGGAUCCCGCGGCGGUGCUGGCGGCGGCGAGGGAGGUGGCUGAGACCCCCCAGGGAGGGGGAGGGGGAGGGGAGCCUCCGGCACCUGCUCCAGCUCCAGCUCCAGAUCAGAUGAAGACCAGGAGUCAGGAUGCGGAUGGGGAGGUCCCUCAGCAGUAG